CAAAUACAACCUAUACGACAUUGGUAUGCUAUUGAACUUCCACCACUUUCAAAUAAUUUGUCUGAGGUUCCAAUUUCCGAAGCAAGAAUUACUUCAAAAUAUGAUACCGCAAAAAAACUAUUGAAAACUGAAAAUGAACAAUAUGAAGCCAACCCAGUACUACACCAUUCAUUUGACCGCACUUUUUACAUAACAAUGCUUAAAUCUGGUACUCUUAAGGAUAAGAUAUCAACUCUAUCUGUUCUUGUUGACGAAUCGCCUAUCCAUGCGGUUCAUGCAUUAGAUACAUUAAUGAAUAUGGCUAAGAAGAAGGGUAGAGACGAGGCAGUUCAAGCGAUUGACUGUUUAAUGCAUUUAAUGAUUGAAUCUAUUCUACCUAACCGAAAGCUCAAAUAUUUUCGUGAUCAACUGUUAAAUGAUCCAAAAGUAUCGGACAAGCACUUGAUAGUUUGGGCAUUUGAAGAUUACAUCAAAAAUUAUUAUUAUGAAUUACUUGGUGUGAUUGAAACACUAACUCAUGAUGUUCUAACGUUCGUGAGACAGAAAAUGAUUUCGAUUAUUUUCGCAUUGUUUAAAGAAAAGCCCGAACAAGAGCAAAAUUUAUUAAGAUUGUUAGUUAAUAAAUUGGGUGAUAAAGAACGAAAAGUAGCAUCCAAAACAUCUUACUUGGUUAAUCAAAUAUUUGAAGUUCAUCCGUUAAUGAAACUUCAUAUUAUAAGAGAAAUUGAACAAUUAAUUUUGUUUCCCGCUGCGAACGAACGAGCUUUAUAUUAUGGUGUCAUUACGUUAAAUCAAAUUAUUCUCACAAAGAAUGAUACUGAAGAGGAUAACGAGACUAAAAAUGAAGAUAUUGUGAAUUCUAAACUUGUCGCCGCAAUAUUAACGGGUGUAAAUAGGGCUUACAAAUUUGCUAAGGUGGACCAUAGUGUAUACGACUCCCGUUUGAACGUUUUAUAUCGUAUCACAUGUAUUGGUACCUUUAAUAUUAGUAUACAAGCAUUGAUGCUGAUUUAUCAAAUUUCCUGCGAAAAAGAGUCAUUGUCUGAACGUUUCUACCGUGCUCUCUACCAGUCGUUAUUUGACCCUCGUCUCAGCAGAUCAUCAAAACAUGCGAUGUACUUAAACUUAUUAUUCAAAGCCUUGAAGGAUGAUCCAAAAAUAAUACGUGUUGAAGCUUUUAUAAAGAGAUUGAUACAAAUAUGUGGUCAUCAUUUACCACCUUUUAUCUGUGGGGCUUUCUAUAUGAUUUCGGAACUUGUAAAAAGGCAUCCAUCGCUUAGUUAUUUUAUUAACCAGCCUGAAGAUCAUGAUGGUGAUAUACCAGAUGACGAUUCAGCUAACUUGGAUCGAGGUGAUAAAUCCAAACGAAGUCAAUCUUCAUCCAAGAUAACAAAUUCUCGAAAGUAUGAUGGUCGAAAACGAGAUCCUCAAUAUAGUAAUGCUGAUAAAACGUGUAUAUGGGAAUUGACCAUUUUCAUUAAUCAUUUUCAUCCCACAGUUGCUUUAUAUGCAAAGCAACUACUUGAGAAUAUACCUAUUGAUCCACCACCUGAACUUCAUCAUCAUACAUUAUCACAUUUCCUGGAUAGAUUUGUAUAUCGUAAUCCUAAACAAACAGAUCGAAUUAAAGGUGGUAAUCCCAUACUUCAACCAAUUGUCGCCUCGGAACCAGGAAUGGUAGUAAUGAAGAAAGGUACUGGAAUAUCUAAAGAUGAAAUAAAUGUAAAUUCCGAAGAAUUUUGGAGGAGAAAGCUGGAUGACGUACCAGAAGAUCAGGUAUUCUUUCACAAAUAUUUUACACAAAAAAACGAAGGAAAGCAAGUGAAAAAGGUGAAAAAGGAAUCGGACAGAACAGCAGACUUUCUUGACAAUGACGAAGAAGAUGAUGAAUUGGAGGAUGAAAUAUGGGCAGCAAUGAAAUCAACGUUACCUAUUAAAAUGGAUUCAGAUCUCGAGGAUAGCGAGGAUGAUGAUGAGCCUAAUGAUUUAGAGGACGAUGAUUCGGUUGAAGAUGAUGACGACAUUAUAAGUAGCGAAAAUGAUGAUGGUCCAGCUCACAAAAAGGUUAAAUUGAAGCAUUUACCGACCUUUGCAUCAUAUGAAGAUAUAUCGUCUUUAAUUAAAAAAAAAAAACAAAAGAGUUCUCGUAGGACUCAAAAAAUUUAA